GAAAACGUUGAACCUACAAAAUCUCAAAAUGAUAAAAUGCAAGAUUCAGAUACAGAAUCGAACGUGGAUUCUGAUGAUGACAAACUAGAGAAAAUAUCUAAAAAGAAAUUAAAAAAAAUGAAUAGAUUGAGUGUAGCUCAAUUAAAACAAUUAGUAAAGAGACCAGAAGUCGUCGAGUGGGUUGAUGUAACAGCCGCUGACCCAAAGCUUCUAGUGAGUCUCAAAGCAUAUAGAAAUACGGUGCCAGUUCCUCAACAUUGGUCCCAGAAAAGAAAAUAUCUUCAAGGAAAAAGAGGAAUUGAAAAACCUGCUUUUGAUUUACCCG